AUGGCAAAGAACACAGGGCACCGCUGCCCUCAGCCCCACACCUGCGAGCAGCCAACCGAGACCAUGCCGCGCAUGCGCAGUGAGCCUCAGCCGCCCCCAUCAAAGAUGGCGCCGAGCUCCUCCCGCCGCCACUGCGGCAAGCAAGCCCCGCCCCCAAAGGCCGGCAAGGAUGCAGGGGCGGCCGGAGGGGACCUGGCCAAUCUGGGACCCCGUGGGAUGGGGUGUCCCCUGCAGCCCCCCGACCAAGCCGAGGAAACGGGAGGGAAAGGUGGCACGGGAGACCCCACCGCAGACUCCGGCCAGCAGCGCAAGAUGGCGCCGCUGCGGCAAGCGCAGCAGCCCCCGCCCGCUGACCAGGGUCCCGAACCUGCGGCGUCCCAUCCCCGCGCACCGUCCAGACGCGCAGGUACCGGCCGAGGCGGCCGGACUCACCUCGCCACACCGCACCUCAAGGCGCUGCCCCGCCCCAGGCCGACAGGUCAGCCACGGCGCAGCCCACGCACAGUCUACUGCCCCCACACGGCCCCGGGCACCCAGCGGCGCCACCAGCCCAUGGUGGACAUGUCCACUCUUCCACUCCGACCUCGUCCUCCCGCGGCUCCCGGCGUCUGCACCGAGCCCCGGCCCGCGACUCCUUGUCAGGCUCUCCGCAGAGGCGGGGCCCCGGCACGGGCAAAUCAGAGGCAGCGCUACGCGCCCUGGGCCCCCUCGCCACGCCCCCAAGCCCUGCCAAUCAGGCCGCGGUUGCCGUGGCGACGGCUUGGCGCGAAGCUGGCUUCUGCUUUGUUCAACCUCCCAAGGCUCCGAACUCAGUCACUAGCCUUCUCCAUCAACGUCUACUCCCUAGGUAGCAGUCUCACCUAG